UUAUAAUCCAACCUAAAUAUCAGUAUGAAUAGGAUUUAUAAUGUGUAAAAUUUUCAAAUUCAAUAAACUGGUCGCAUAAAAUUCAUACAAAAGGAUUUUUAUUCGAAGUGCCAUAGGCUUGUGAAAAUAAAAUGAUCAAUCAAAACAUCAAAACUUCAAAAGAACACCAAUAAAUCUCUUUGCAAAAAAUUAUAAAAAAAAUCUUUUGUUUUACAUAAUUCAUUUAAUAGGCGAAAGAAUUAAAAUAGUUUUAAUGAUUUACUCACUAUGUGUGGUAUAAUCUGUGAAAUAUGUUAUUCUAAUUAUAGUGUUUUAGAAGAUAACCAAUUACUGCAGCGUAUUAAAAACAGAGGGCCUAAUUGUAUCCAUCGAAAAGAAAUUAAUUUAGACGAUGGAAUUAGAGUGAUUUUCUGUGGAGCUGUUCUGUGGACACAAGGGCCAAAUUUUGUAUCUCAACCUGUAGAAAAUGAUUGUGGUAUAUUUUUGUACAAUGGAGAUAUUUUUGAUGAAUCUUGGGAUGGUAACAUGAAUGAUACAGAAGUGAUUGUUGCGAAAUUAACUAGGGCAAAUAAUAUUCCAAAGGAUAUAGUCACACAGUUGAAGUCUCUAAAAGGACCAUUCAGUAUAAUUUAUUAUGAUAAAUAUAAUCAUAAUCUAUAUUUCACAAGAGAUAGAAUUGGAAGAAAUAGUUUGUUGGUACAUAAAAAUGACACUUCACUGGUUUUUAGCAAUGUUUUAGGUAGAAAGUAUAAAUGUAUUGAAGUUCCUUCUACAUAUAUUUAUGUUUUAAACAUAAAAACAAACAGACUAAAAUCAAUUUCCUGGAAUGAUGACUUUGAGAUCAUUGAUGAAACUGAUAUGGGAGAAUGGAUGACAUCAGUGCAACAGCAACAAAGUUUACCUGAUGAAGAAUUUACAUUCAAUUAUGAUAAAAGAUCAGACAUUUUUGAGAAGGAAAAUCUAAUAGACUUCAUGGAAAAUGUUGGUAAAGAAACUGGUAAAUGUAAAAUAAGUAUCUUACGACAACUAUUGACUAAUGUAGAGAUAAAGAAUACCGUUUUUAAAAUAACACACUUGUUAGAAAGAAGUGUUAAAAUCAGAGUUCAACGUCAACCUAAAAUGUGCCAAAAAUGUUUACAAAUAAAAAAAUCUACUUGUAAUCAUUGUUCUGUAGGUAUUCUAUUUUCUGGUGGACUAGACUGUACAUUAUUAGCAUUUUUAGCUGAUAAAUAUUUACCCAAAGAUCAAAGUAUCGAUCUCAUUAAUGUUGCAUUUGAAAAUGGUACCAAUACUAGUUAUGAUGUACCAGACAGAUUAACAGGAAAGCAGUCUCUGAAAGAAUUAAGAAAAUUGUGCUAUUCAAGACAGUGGAUAUUUAGAGAAAUAAAUGUUCCAAGAAACAAGUUACAAAAAUAUCAGUCUGAAAUAAUAGCAGACUUAGUAUACCCUAGACAAACAAUUUUGGAUGAAAGUCUUGGAUCAGCAUUAUGGUUUGCAGCUCAAGGUGAAGAUAAUCAUGGUACAUCUCCUUGUAGGAUAUUGCUUGUUGGUUCUGGAGCUGACGAAUUAUUUGGUGGUUAUACUAGACAUAGAAAUGCAUAUAAGCGUCAUGGUUGGGAUGGAUUAAACAAAGAGUUACUGUUAGACUGGAAACGGAUUUCUUUUAGAAACUUAGCACGUGACAAUAGAGUAAUAUGUGACCAUGGACGACAACCACGAAUGCCUUAUUUAGAUGAAGAUCUCACUCAAUUCUUGUUACAAUUGAAACCAUGGUUAAAAUGUUUUCCUAAUGAAAAUUUAGGUGUUGGAAUAGGAGAUAAACUGAUGCUGAGACUUGUGGCUCUCAAUUAUGGACUGACUGGAGUUGCUACACUGCCGAAAAGAGCUUUACAGUUUGGAUCAAGAAUAGCAAAUAAAAAAGAAAAAGGAAGUGAUAUAUCAAGAUCUUUUCUAGACAGCUGAAGUGACAAACUUAUUCAGCCAUCAAUUACUUACUUACAUUAUUAAGUAGUUCUUUUUUGCAAUGCAAUCUGUAAUGUUUUCGAAGACCACUAUGAGAAGUGUAUCUCUUAUCACAAGUUAGACAGCGAUAUGGUCGAGCUCCAGUAUGGGUACGGAUGUGACUAGUUAGAUCACCUGAUCGUUUGAAUUGAAGUUUACAACUUGAGCAUGAAUAGUUUCUCUCAUCACUAUGUAUUUUCAUAUGCCUAAUUAAAUCUUGGGAUUUAGUUGAUGUUUUGCCACAAAUCUCACAAAUAAAUGGUUUUAUUCCAAAAUGGGA